AUGGAUUGGUGGACAACUCGCCGACUGGUCGGAUCAUCGUUCUCUUCCCCGCUUCAUCGUUCAGUGCCACAAAAAGUUCAGGUCUUUGCGGAUGGAUCAGCGAGCGCUUGGGCGAGCUAUGCACGCCUAGCAUUUCCCUCCUUGAGCAUGACCGUCAGCGAUUUGCGCCGGAUGUACAAGGUGCCGGACGGGCAUCGAAAUCAUGCUCCCAAGAACUCCCAAGCCUUGGCCAGCUUCUUCAACAUCUCGGCGUCCGAGGCGGACGCGCGGCGCUUCCAUUUGGCCAUGGGCAACCGCCGGCAGCCCUCGGUGCACUUCGUGGGCCCACAGGGACCGCCGGGCGUGGAGGGGAACAUUGACCUCCAGUGGAUCCAGGCCAUGGGCAACAAUGUGCCGGUGACUUACUGGGCAACUCCCGGUGGUGAUCCUGCCACAGCCCAUGAGCCGUUCUUGGAGUGGAUCCUGGAGCUUGCCAACAGUACUGACCCGCCCUUGGUGCAUUCCUUGAGCUAUGGAGAGAACGAGGAGGAUUACUCGGCCGCCUACCAGCGCCGUGCCAACCUGGAGCUCGCCAAGCUGGGCUUGCGGGGCGUCACGGUGCUGGCGGCCAGCGGCGACACCGGUGUCCAGGGCGCUGCACAGGCGGGCGGUCAACCACCGCGAUGCGCGCCCUUUGCAGCAGUUUGGCCGGCCUCCUCGCCCUACGUCACCGCAGUGGGCGCCACCAUGGUCUCUUGGGAGGUCUGCAACAUCGACCGGAUUUAUGCCAUGGGAAGCAACUCUUCCAUGCCCUUUGCCUGCCCAGAGACCAACGUGGGCGAAAUCGUGUGCUCCACGCAGACUGGAUCGAUGAUCACCAGUGGUGGGGGCUUCUCUCAACGAUUUGCGAGGCCUGACUAUCAGGCCGAAGUCAUCGAGGAAUAUCUCAGCCAGGUGAAGGUGAACCGAUCCCUCUUCAAUGCCACAGGCCGGGGAUAUCCGGAUCUGAGCGCCACGGGUGCUAACGUGCCGAUCAUCUUCGAGAACGGCUUGACCAUGGUUGGUGGCACCUCCGCAAGCAGCCCGAUCGUUGCGGGCUUGGUGGCCUUGUUGAAUGGCGAAAGGCUGGCUUCUGGCUUGCCACCUCUGGGAUUUUUGAAUCCUUUGCUGUACUCCAGCUAUCAGCGGUGGCCUGACAUCGUCCAGGACGUUCGGGUGGGGAACAUCUCAGGCUCCAACCUGCUUCUCCCGAGCGGCUCCAUCAGAGACUGCGCUGAAGGCUUCGAAGCUUUGCCGGGCUGGGAUGCGGCCACUGGACUCGGUUCCCCGAACUUCAAAGAGAUGCCCCGGGCGCCCAGCGGAGAGGGGUCGCUGAACGCAAGUCUAACAUAG